GGAACCUGGUACAGUCGGAAGUGCUUCCUGCGUCCCGUCUGGUCGGUCUCCUGAGGCUAGAGGACCUCAGGUGUGUCAGCGUCUGGGACCAGGGAACUUCUGCUGUCCAAGAGUUUGAGUUCCUCAGUCUACAUUCCAAUCCUGUGGAAUGAGGGAGGAGCCGGUUAGGCCUGAUUCUGCGCCUGAGUUCUCAAGGAAAACCCAGACUCUGCCCCGGGGAACAAACUGAUUCCUGAGCUUGAGGACAUCAGCAAGUGUGAAGAGCAGAGAGUGGCAAGAAUGAGAGGGGCGUCAUUCUACAUACACAGGAGAGCAAUUUCCCGCAGUUCAUUGAAAUCGAGGAACAUGAUAAGGAGGUGGCUGGUUAUUUUUAUCCUUUUUCCCCUGAAGCUCGUAGAGAAAUGUGAGUCCACCGUCAACUUCUCUGUUCCUCCCACCGUGAAGCUGGAAAAUGGAAGCUCCACCAACGUCAGCAUCUCCCUCCCGCAUCCUUUAAAUGCAACCUUGCUGAUCACUUUUGAAAUCACAUUUCGUUCAAAAAACGUUACUAUCCUUCAGCUCCCUGAUGAAGUUGUGGUCCCUCCCGGCGUGACAGAUUCCUCUUUUCAAGUGACGUCUCAAAAUGUUGGACAAGUUACCACUUACCUGCACGGAAAUCACUCCAACCAGACCAGCCCAAGGAUACGCUUCUCCGUGAUCCACAGCAAUGUCGUCAGCAUCUUAAACCAGGUGAUCGGCUGGAUCUACUUUGUGGCCUGGUCCAUCUCCUUCUACCCACAGGUGAUCACCAACUGGAGGCGGAAAAGUGUCGUGGGUCUGAGCUUUGACUUUGUGGCCCUGAACCUGAUGGGCUUCGUGGCCUACAGCGUGUUCAACAUCGGCCUCCUCUGGGUGCCCUCCAUCAAGGAGCAGUUUCUCCUCAAAUACCCCAAUGGCGUGAACCCCGUGGACAGUAAUGACGUCUUCUUCAGCCUGCACGCGGUCGCCCUCACCCUGGUUAUCAUGGUUCAGUGCUUCCUGUACGAGCGAGGCAACCAGCAGGUGUCCUGGCUGGCCGUCAGCUUCCUCGUGCUCUCCUGGCUCUUCACACUCAUCGCCCUGAUCAUGGCCGCAGUCAGGGCCAUCACGUGGCUGCAGUUCCUCUUCUGCUUCUCCUACAUCAAGCUGGCAGUUACGCUCGUCAAGUAUUUUCCACAGGCCUACUUGAACUUUUACUACAAAAGCACUGAGGGCUGGAGCAUUGGCAACGUGCUUCUGGACUUCACUGGGGGCAGCUUCAGCCUCCUGCAGAUGUUCCUCCAGUCCUACAACAACGACCAGUGGACGCUGAUCUUUGGAGACCCGACCAAGUUUGGCCUCGGCAUCUUCUCCAUCUUCUUCGAUGUUGUCUUCUUCAUCCAGCAUUUCUGCUUGUACAGAAAGAAACCAGGGCUUCAGGCAGCACACAGGGCUUCUGGCAGCCGUCCCAGGCAGGAUUGAGCACUGAGCUUGAAGCCAAAGGCCUGGCCCCAAGCAACCAGUGUUUCUGGGAGCAGCUUGAAGGACUGACCUUGCAGCUGGGAGAGCCAAGGGUGCUUUGCUGCCACUGCUGUGUUCAGAGACCAAGCAGCCAGGUGCCGUGGCCAAUAGACCCGAGGUGCUGGUGCCGGUGGCAGGGGGGCUAGGACUUUGGGGUUAGGCCUUGGGGUCCCUCCUCUGAAGGCUACAUUCUCUGAGCACUCACUGUCCUGACACUCAUUCCAUGUAAAUCCACUUCCACGACUGCAAUCACAGGUGGCCCAGGCCAGGCUCUGGUAAAGAAACAGUAUUUUUGAGCCUUGAGGUACCCAACAGAUUGGUUCAGAACCGGGCUCACAUCCAAUACUCUCUGGAUCCUUAUCACACUAACGACGAUCCUUUUGGAUUUUUCAGAGGGAUGUUUUGGAAGUGAGUGGCUUACUUUCUUUUGCUUCUGCCUAUCUCCACUUACUCAUAGUCAGGCCCCAAGCCCCUCCAACUGCUCCUUACCCCGAGUCUGGAGUACAGGACACACACACACACACCAGUCUGUGCCUUAGAUGCCUGUUAGACUUGCCAGGUGGUGAAAACAGCUCCCCUGACGGGGAGGGCAGGCCCCCUUCCCUCCCCAGACCCCUACCUGAGACUCACCAAUUUGUGGCUGUUCACGAGCCUCAGAUAAGGACUUAAGACCACCUCACACAAUCCUUAUGGGCCCAACCUGAUCCCAAAGCCCCUCCCCUUUCCCACUCCAAGCAGUUGUCCUUCCUUUGGAGGAGGGGAGGGGAGGGGAGGGUCCCAGGACGUGCCUUGUACAUGCCACGAGCUUGUCAAUCCACUCUCAUAGCUGUUAACCAUGAGAUCAACAUGAAGGGCUUCUGUCCUUAAUUAAACCUGAUUCAUUUCCUCUGCACACAGCAUUUGCCAG